AUGUUGAACAAGAUGACCUUACAUCCACAGCAGAUAAUGAUAGGUCCUAGGUUUAACAGGGCCCUAUUUGACCCCCUGCUUGUGGUGCUACUGGCUCUUCAACUUCUUGUGGUGGCUGGUCUAGUCAGGGCUCAAACUUGCCCUUCUGUCUGCUCCUGCAGCAACCAGUUCAGCAAAGUGAUUUGUGUGCGGAAGAAUCUGAGAGAGGUUCCAGACGGCAUCUCCACCAACACACGGUUAUUGAAUCUCCAUGAGAACCAGAUCCAAAUAAUUAAGGUGAAUAGCUUCAAACAUUUGAGACACCUGGAAAUCUUGCAGCUGAGUAGAAAUCACAUUAGAACCAUUGAAAUAGGGGCCUUCAAUGGUCUGGCCAAUCUCAACACUCUGGAACUUUUUGACAAUCGUCUUACCACCAUCCCUAAUGGGGCUUUUGUAUACCUGUCAAAACUGAAGGAGCUUUGGUUGAGAAACAAUCCUAUUGAGAGCAUCCCUUCUUAUGCUUUUAACAGAAUCCCUUCCCUACGUAGGUUGGAUUUGGGGGAACUAAAAAGGCUUUCAUACAUCUCAGAAGGUGCCUUUGAAGGUCUAUCCAAUUUGAGGUAUUUGAACCUUGCUAUGUGCAACCUUCGAGAGAUCCCUAACCUCACACCACUCAUAAAACUGGAUGAGUUAGAUCUUUCUGGGAACCAUCUGACAGCCAUCAGGCCGGGGUCCUUCCAAGGGUUAAUGCAUCUUCAAAAAUUGUGGAUGAUACAGUCCCAGAUUCAAGUGAUUGAAAGGAAUGCCUUUGAUAACCUUCAGUCACUGGUGGAAAUCAACCUGGCACACAACAACCUAACACUACUGCCUCACGAUCUCUUCACACCACUCCGCCUAGAAAGGAUCCACCUGCACCACAAUCCUUGGAAUUGCAACUGUGACAUUCUUUGGCUCAGCUGGUGGAUUAAGGACAAAGCACCCUCCAAUACUGCAUGCUGUGCUCGCUGCAACACACCUCCCAAUUUGAAAGGAAGGUACAUCGGUGAGCUGGACCUGAAUUAUUUCACGUGUUAUGCUCCGGUGAUAGUGGAGCCACCAGCAGACCUCAACGUCACAGAAGGCAUGGCUGCAGAACUGAAAUGCCGAGCAUCGACCUCCCUGACCUCUGUAUCUUGGAUUACUCCAAAUGGAUCGGUUAUGACGCAUGGGGCAUACAGAGUUCGGAUUGCUGUGCUCAGUGAUGGCACAUUAAAUUUUACAAAGGUGACCGUGCAAGACACGGGCUUGUAUACCUGCAUGGUGAGUAACUCUGUUGGGAAUACUACAGCUUCUGCCACACUGAACGUCACUGCACUGGACAAUGGUUACACAUACUUUUCAACUGUCACGGUAGAGACUAUGGAACCUUCUCAGGAUGAGGCACGGACCACAGAGCAGAUUGGGCCCACACCAGUUAUUGACUGGGAGACCACCAAUGUGACAACUUCUCUUACUCCACAGAGCACAAGGUCGACAGAGAAAACGUUUACCAUCCCAGUGACAGAUGCAAGCAAUGGGAUCCCAGGAAUAGAUGAGGUUAUGAAGACUACCAAAAUCAUAAUUGGUUGUUUUGUGGCUAUCACUCUCAUGGCCGCUGUGAUGCUGGUAAUAUUCUACAAAAUGAGGAAACAGCAUCACCGGCAGAACCACCAUGCUCCAACACGGACUGUAGAGAUCAUUAACGUGGAUGAUGAGCUUACAGGUGAUACACCCAUAGAGAGUCACUUGCCCAUGCCGGCGAUAGAGCAUGAGCACCUAAAUCAUUAUAACUCUUAUAAGUCUCCUUUCAACCACACAACAACAGUUAACACAAUAAAUUCAAUACACAGUUCAGUGCAUGAACCGUUAUUGAUCCGAAUGAACUCAAAAGACAAUGUACAAGAGACUCAGAUCUAA